ACUAAAUUGACCAAGUUGUUCCCCCAAUCAUUCCUCAACAGUGCCCCAAUUCCCACUGUUAAAAACACGUUUGGUCGUGAGCUCAUGCUGAGAAGCAGCUACCUAAGAGAGACUCACUCACUCACAUUUGUUUAUUUGAUGUAGGUUAAAUGGAUACCUUGUUUAGACUAGUAAGUUUUCAUCAACAACAACAACCCGAUCCCUCCCUCAACUCCACGACCAGCAGAACCUCCAGCAGCUCCAGAUCCUCCAGACAAAACUACUACCCUUAUUCUUCCUAUCAAGAAGAAGAAGAAUGCUUCAACUUUUACAUGGAUGAAGAAGACUUAUCCUCGUCUUCUUCCAAAUACUACUACCCUUACCAACCCCAUCACCAACAACAACAACAACAACAACACAACGUAUCCAACAUUUCUACAAACACCUUCAGCACCACCCCCAACACCGAUUACUCCUACUCCUUCUCCCCCACCCCACAAGUUCAAGACUUCAACUUCGAAUUCUCCCCCAACUGGUCCCACAACCUCCUCCUGGAAUCCGCACGCGCCGUCGCCGACAACAACUCCACGCGCCUCCAUCACCUCCUCUGGAUGCUCAACGAGCUCAGCUCCCCCUACGGCGACACCGACCAAAAACUUGCCGCGUAUUUCCUCCAAGCCCUGUUCAGCCGCGUCACCGAAGCCGGCGACCGAACCUACGGAACCUUAGCCUCGGCGUCCGAGAAAACAUGCUCUUUCGAGUCAACAAGAAAAACGGUCCUGAAAUUCCAAGAAGUUAGCCCUUGGACUACCUUCGGACACGUGGCAUCCAAUGGCGCCAUCUUGGAAGCCUUGGAGGGAAACCCCAAAUUGCACAUACUAGACAUCAGCAACACUUAUUGCACCCAGUGGCCAACGCUUCUGGAAGCGUUGGCCACACGGAGCGAUGAAACACCGCAUCUGCGCUUGACCACCGUUGUCACGGGUAGAACGAGUAAUUCCGUUCAGCGCGUAAUGAAGGAAAUCGGAACGCGGAUGGAGAAAUUCGCGAGGCUCAUGGGCGUUCCGUUUAAGUUCAACGUCAUUCAUCAUUACGGAGAUCUCUCCGAGUUCAAUUUCAACGAACUUGAUAUCAAAGAGGAUGAAGCUUUGGCUGUGAAUUGUGUGAACAGGCUGCAUUCGGUUUCCGCCGUAGGAAACAACCGCGACGCGUUGAUAUCGUCGUUGCAAGCGUUGCAGCCGCGGAUUGUGACGGUGGUGGAGGAGGAGGCUGAUUUGGACGUUGGGAUCGACGGUUACGAGUUCGUGAAAGGCUUUGAGGAAUGUUUGAGGUGGUUUAGGGUUUACUUCGAUGCUUUGGACGAGAGUUUUGUGAAGACGAGCAACGAGAGGCUGAUGCUGGAGCGAGCGGCAGGGAGGGCGGUGGUGGACCUGGUGGCGUGCUCGACGGCGGAGUCCGUGGAGCGCCGCGAGACGGCGGCGCGGUGGGUGGCGAGGCUUCACAACGGAGGGCUGAAGGCGGCGCCGUUUAGCGAGGAGGUUUGUGACGACGUGAGGGCGCUGUUGAGGAGGUACAGGGAAGGGUGGUCGAUGGCGGCGUGCUCCGAUGCCGGAAUAUUCCUCUCGUGGAAGGACACGCCGGUGGUGUGGGCCAGUGCAUGGAGGCCAUAACGAUCGUAUCGUAAUAGUAUCAUGUGGCUUUGACAUGGGUGAAUGCCUCGCACGUGUUCUCGGUUUUUUUGGCACGUGCGGAAGGAUAUAUAUUGAUGGAGUUUUUUUUUUUUCUUUUCAGUAUUAUUAAUUAUUGGGCUUUAUUUCCUAUUUUGUUCUUUUGGUUAAAUAUAUAUAAGUUUGGUAAGACACCGGGAUUCAUGGGCGUUGGCUUGUGUUGAAAAAGGAACUAAGUAAAUUAUUUUUUUGUUAACAUUUUAUGAUUGAUUUUUUUUUUGUUUACCAAAGAAUAGCCUGUGGCUUUGGAUCGAUAUUUGUAUGAACUAUAUAUUUAUAUAAAGUAAUUGAUUGACAUGUUUUUGUUUCAA